AUGAGCAGCACGUUUGUGACGCUAGCGGAAGUGUUGGAGUGUCGAGGAGGCCCUCUUCUGGAGGACGAGGUGUGGUCCCUCCUCCUGGGCACUGCAGAGUCCCUGGUCGACGUCUCAUACAAAGGACAUAACAGUAUGUGUAGCAUCAUAAGCCCCACCUCCCUGCUGCUCUCGGCCACUGGAACACUGGCGUUUAAGAACUGCACCCUAUCAGAUGAGGCAUGCACCUUCACCGCGCCAGAGAUGCUGCAAGGCCGUGCCUCCUCAACCAAACCUGCUAUAGAGAAGAUGCUGGUGUAUUCACUUGGUAUGACUCUCUACUGGUCUGUCGAUUAUCAUCUACCUCAGAAUCAGCCGGUCCAGUUGAGUGACCACCUUAACAGCCUGCUACUGAGCAUGUGCGAGGACCUGGCCCACCGCAGGGUCAAUCUCAACAGUAUCUUGGAAUCCUGUGAGUCUCAGCACAAAGCCUCUCUCCUGCCUCCGCCCAACAGAGUCAUAGGACAACUGGUGGAGGAUGUCUUUCACAAAGCUGUGGACCAUGGCUCUGUGCCAGAGCCCUUUGCCCCGCUGAGUGGGAGGAGUCAGAUGGUCAGAGAGAGGCUUCAUGGUAAGCGUGAUCGGUAUCCUGACGACAGUGAGGGCAGCGCGGCUGGAGCGGAGAGCAGACGGUACUCUAACGACUCCACCAAGUCAGAAAGUUUACUUCACAAACCCUGGAGACAGAAAGCCAGGAGCUCGCCCACCCCUGCAUACCCACCGAACAUAGACCGACUGCCACAGGGUCUCAGACACAGAGAAAGUAGUAGUAGCUGGCUGUGCCAGAGCCCCUACAUUGGUGUCCCCUCAAAGGGUGCACCCCAAUCCCCCAGCCCCUCCAUCACUUUCAGCGACUCCUCAGCCAGCCUCACCCAGAGGAAAGCCAAGGCUCUUGGUCCCGAGUUUAUCAGAAUGGCUGACGAACCCCAGGUAGUUCUGGAGCUACCCGGAUCCAUAGUGUCUAAGAAGGGCAGGUCUUGUUCGUCUCAGAGGGAGGUCAUUGUGGUGUUGCCCAGUGGUCAGUCUGUACUGGUCAGAUGUGAUAUGAAGUCCAGAGGGAGGGACGUGUUCGACAUGGUGGUGGCUCACGCUAACCUGGUGGAGCACUUCUACUUCGGACUGGCCUACACCGACGAUGAUGAAUAUUUCUUCUUGGACCACGAGACGAAAAUCUCUAAAGUUGCUCCUGAGAGUUGGAAGAAAGUAGUGUCGACCUCUUUUCUUGUUUUUCUAAGGAUCAAGUUUUUUGUUGAUGAUAUCUCCUUCAUAUUACACAGGGUGACGCUUCACCAGUACUACUUGCAGCUGCGGAAGGACAUCCUAGAGGACAGGUUGUACUGCAACGAGGAGACAGGCAUGUUCCUGGCGGCUCUCGCUCUACAGGCUGAGUUUGGGGACUACAUGUCUGAGUUGUAUGGCAGGAACUACUACCAGCUAGAGCAGUUUGUGUCUAAGAGGAUGCUGGAGAAGAUGGCUCUGCCCAAUCUAAAGGAGGAGUUGCCACGGUUACAUGCCAACAAUGCCCAGAUGCUGCCAGAGGAGGCAGAAACCGAGUACCUAAAAAUCGCCCAGCAGCUUCCAGAGUAUGGGAUGGUGUUCCAUCGGGUAGGCCGGGAGAAGAAGCCGGUGGUGGGGGAGCUGGUGCUGGGAGUCUGUGCCACAGGAAUCAUCGUCUAUGAGCUGAAGAACCACCUCCGCACUGUCACGCGGCGAUUCCUCUGGAGGGAGACCGAUACCAUCUCCGCCAACCAUCGUAAGUUGACCAUAGAGUGUGGUGGUCCCAGUGGUAAGAAGCACAGCUUCGUAACAGAGAGUUCUAAGAUUGCGCAGUACCUUCUUAGCCUCUGCUCCGGACAGCACAAGUUCCACAGCGAGAUGAGUUCCAGGCAACUCAGCCACAGCAUCGCUCAAGAUGAGAACAGUGACAAGUACCAGUCUAUUUGUCGGACUAGUGACUCCCGUAUGAGGCGUCUUUCAUGUUCUGAGGUUGUCCUGAACAGCAUAGAGUUACCAUCCAACCUCGGCCACCGCGAGUCAUUAAGUAAGUCGUGUGAUGACAUCACGGCGAAGGUGGAGGCGCGUCUAAGGCAACAGAGAGAGUUGAGGGAAAUGAGCAGAGAUCUACCCGAGCCAUGCCCACUGUCAGAGAUGAAGGAACAGCAGGCCUGGAGUACUCCAGAACCCAUCCCCAGAAUCAUGUCCAAUCCCAUGCUACAGAAAAAUGACUCCACAACCUCCUCUAUACAAGUAGACACUCCAACCAGGGGUUCUCCAGAAAGAGAGAUCAUAAGUCUGGUCCUAAGGAAAGACCCUAAACUGGGCUUUGGGUUUGUGAUAGUGGGGGAGAACAACACAGGGAAACUGGACCUGGGAAUCUUCAUAGCCUCCAUCGUACCUGACGGACCAGCAGACAGAGACGGCAGAAUCAGACCAGGUGGUCGUCUGAUUUCUCUAAAUAAGAUCAGUCUGGAGGGCGUGAUGUUCACUGACGCAGCAGUCAUCCUCCAGAACAGCCCUGAUGAGGUGGAGCUCAUCGUCUCACAGCCCAAAUGUACUGUAAAAAGCACCUCUUUGUCCCUUCUCUACCAUGCAGAUUCUCUGAGAGACAGUAAGACUUCUCUGGCCCCCAGUACCAUGAGUCUGAUGUUGGAGAGGGGCAUUGGGUGCCAGACCACCCUGAGUGGAACAGAAUUCCAACCAGCCGUGGAGGAGCUGGAGGAAGCACUGGCUCUGUCCAACCUGGCCACACCUAAACAUGGCAAGAGACUCCACAUCCCUGUGGUCCGGAUCCUGGAUGCUCAGGAGGUGUGUUCCAGGUCUCCCUCUCUCUGCAGUCUGAGAGCCAGGGAACAGCUUGUGGUGGAGCUGAAGAAGGCCAACGGCAGCCUGGGUAUAAGUGUAGCUGGUGGAAUGAACACCUGUGUUCGUUACGAGGGGAUAUACAUCAAGAGUCUGGUGCCAGGGGCCGCUGCUGAGCAGGACGGGCGCAUUCAGAUAGGUGACCGACUGCUGGAAGUUGAUGGGUCCAACCUACGAGGUGUAACACACAAACAGGCCGUGGAGUGCCUGAAGAAGACUGGAGAGGUGGUGAGUCUGCUUUUAGAGAGGGAGCCCCAGGUGGUGUUGGGGGCGGGAGCGAAUCGCCCCCGCUCAGCUUCACAGAGCCAAUCAGGAAGUCUCAGGAGAGACAGCUCCAUGGAGAUGACCUUGAGUGGCAAGACCAAGGACUACAGCUUUGUCACUGAUGACAACACUCUGGAGGUGCUGUUGAAGAAGAGCCUGUGUGGUUUGGGCUUCAGCUUCUACAUCAGUGAGUUGAACAGUGGUUGUGACCAGGGCAGCAGUGUGGUGCGGAUCAAAACCCUUUUCCAGGGUCAACCAGCCAAGGAGUCAGGACAGAUCAGAGAAGGAGACGUCAUAUUGGCUGUUAAUGGACAAUGGGUUAAAGGCCUCAGCUACCAGAGGGUGUUGUUCCUGCUCCGUGGGCCUCCGUCUGAGGUCCACCUGACUCUCUGCCGACCUGCUCUUGGAGUACUGUCUCAACUGGAUGCUGACACACUGGUUCCUUUCUUGUCUCCAACCCGUGGGGUGAGGUCCAAGUCUCUAGACAUCAGGCUAGGGGAAGAUUAUAGCCAGCUGCUCAAGCUACAGGCAUACCAGAACCGUCAGUACAACCAGGAAAACCAGGCCCAGAAGGAGCCAAUGCAGACAUCACAAGCCCAGGACCAAGCCUCCAGGCAGGCCAGACAAACAGACAAAUCCCCUGAGCCCUCUGGAGGUCCGAAGACUCAACAGAAUCAGGAUAGUCAAGACAGUGAGAUGGACGCAGCCGAGAACCAGCCUUCCUCACCCUCUCCCUCACCCCCUUCCCCCAUCUCCCUCGCCAGCAGAAGUGACGCAGGAGACAGUGAAGAGUUGUCGGCUGUGGACGAGGAAGGUUCCGAAGAAAUGAGCUCGGCAUCUGUCGGGGCCAAGACCAGUACUAGUCCCGUGUACACCAGUGGCAUCAGAGAAGAGGCAGACGGCAGUUUAACAUACUGCCUUAUGGGUGAUGGAAUAACCAUUCUGGAUGAUAAAGAGCACUUGACCAUCAGUUCGACUUCGGACAGGCCCACUAGCCUUACCUCAAACACCUCAUGUACCCCCAGUGUGGCUCCACACGCUACCUCUCAUACCUCCAGGACCAGAUCCACCCCCCCUACUAGGGUUCGAUCCACCACCCCCAAAAGUACUUCCAUCCCCCACAGCUUGUCCUCGCAAACCACAAGCUCAACAAACCCCAAUUUGUCAUUGCAAACCACCUCUGUCCAGCAGACACCAGCUCAGCCCUCCUCUAGGCCUACAUCCAGCCUUUCCUCUAGGAUGUCUGACCUCAACAUCAGCCACUCGGUGCAUCCUCUCAAGCCCCAGCAUGCUACACCUCUUCCCAGCCUCUCCUCCUAUACCUCCAACCCCAACUCCAGGAUCUCUGAUCGCAAACACAGCAUCACCUCCGAUCGUAAACACAGCAUCACCUCCGAUCGUAAACACAGCAUCACCCUCGAUCGUAAGCACAACAUCACCUCCGAUCGUAAACACAGCAUCACAUUCAAGACUACCAAUGCCUCCAACAUCACUCGUUCAGUCAUCCAAUACAAUCCCCAGCCCCCUGACACAUUGCCCCCGCAACCCCCCGCACGCCACCCCUCUCCCCAGCCUCCCUUGUCCUCACUCUCUCCCCCCAUUCAGGCUGCACCUCUCCCACACACACACCCUACCUGGAGACAGGAGACAGAAGGGGAGGAGGACGAAGAUGAGGAUGAGAAUGAGGAGGAUCCCAGAAAAGGCAUGAUGAAGGAAUUUGAGAUGUGUGUGGUUCUGACCAAGUCGUGGAGUGGUAGCUUUGGGUUCACCAUCACACGCAGCAAACUGGAUGCCUGCUACUACAUUCAGGACAUACUGGACAACCCUGCUAAGACGGACGGACGGCUCAGACCAGGGGACAGACUAGUCACGGUCAAUGGCCAGGAUAUGACGAAUGUGACGGAUGAGGUUGCCAUGUCGAUCCUGAGGUCAUCUCCUAGGAGACUGAGUUUGAUCCUGGGGAGGGCGGUGACCAACCUGAUCGCUCCACCUUUUCCAGACAACCUGCAAGACAUCAUACUGCACAAGACACCGACUGGACAGCUUGGUAAAACACUGAUGGGUGGUAUAGGCAGCAAAUGGCAGGGGAUCUACUGUCUGGAGGUGGUUCCUGGUUCACCUGCCUGUGAGGAAGGCAGCGUCCAACCAAACGACAGGAUCCUGUACAUCUGUGGCCGAUGCACCAUGGGAAUGACUCUGGAGGACGCUGUCAAGGCCUGCGAGACUGCUCCGCGCAAAGUGAAACUUAAGGCCACCAGAGAUGACCAACCUGUGACUCCCAAAGCCAAGAGUAAUGGUCUCAGUGACCUGAGAGAGUGGAAGAAGGAGGAGCAAAGGGAGCAUUUCACUAAAGCCGUGCCCGAAACCACUGGGAAAUUCAGACCACUUCUCUCUGUCACCACCGAUCAAGACAGCUGUAUCUUGCAAAUAUAUGUAUGUAAACCAGAGAGAGGGGGUCUGGGCUUUGCUCUGAUUGGAGGAUGCAACGGAAGUACGCUCAGAGUGAAGGAGAUAUGCGCUGGAGGCAUGGCGCAGCAGGAUGGACAGCUCAGAGUGGGAGACAUACUGCUCGAGGUGAAUGGUAUAAUAGUAUCAGGUCUGAGCCACUGUAAGGUGGUGGAUAUCCUCCGUCAGGCUGAGGGAAACAUCCAACUCACAAUCUGUAGAGACAUACCAAGGGCCAACACAGCACCCUGCACUGAUGUAUCCUCUAUGGCCUUCCCUGGAGACAACAUGGACGUCUGUCCUGGAUCCAAUAUGGCUUCCUGUCCUGGAUCAAAUAUUGCCUCUUAUCCUGGAUCAAAUAUGGCACCUUGUCCUGGAUCAAAUAUGGCACCUUGUCCUGGAUCAAAUAUGGCAUCCUGCACUGGAUCAAAUGUGUCAGUCUUCAUCGAAGCCCGUAUGUCGGACAAUGCCGAGCCAUUCUCCAACCCUUCUGCAUGUUCCUCACCUGAUGUCCAGCAGGAGGACCUUCCCCCUGAGGGGACUUCAGAUCCAGUACCUGAUGUAGAGGAGGAUAUUACCCCACUUUCACCCCCCGAUGCCUCCUAUCACCCCUCACUCCGCCUGCGGGCCCUAACAGAAGAGGACAUUGCUGGACAGGAGAGCUGUAACAGUAAACCCUCUCAUCAAGCUUGCUGCCUGUCCAGCAAAAGUAUGACUAACUUGCUCCAUGAAGCCUCGGACAGGAACCAAAUCCCUGUGAUGCCAUUGGACGAAACCAUGAUGGGCAGCAAGAACAGCCAAUCAGACGGCUGGAGCAGCGAGGAUGAGGAUGAUGAGACAUUUGAAGCUAAAGGUCAGGAGACCAUGUCACCCUUCCCAGGUCCACCUAUAGUAUCAGAAGAAGAGUUGGCCAGACUAGCCAUGAUCAGUCCAGCUAAGACCAGUCAAUACGCUGGGUCCAGAGUGAAAGCCCUCAUACAGAUUCUACAACAUCAACUAGACCAGCAAGAACUGGUCCGAGAGUUCAUGGCCUUGGAGCAUCUAAAGCCGUCUGAUAACUGUCUAGUGGGGAAAGCUCCGGAGAACCGGGAGAAGAACCGCUAUCGUGACAUCCUGCCCUACGAUAAGACACGUGUUCCAGUGGGUGAUAACCAGGACUAUAUUAACGCCAGUUAUAUCCGUAUGGAGGUUGGCAGUGAGGAGUUCAUCUAUAUCUCCUGCCAGGGUCCUCUGCCCUCCACCGUGCCCGACUUCUGGCAGAUGGUCUGGGAGAACAGGUCUGAUGUGAUAGCCAUGAUGACCCAGGAGGUGGAGAGAGGCAGGGUGAAGUGUCACUGUUACUGGCCAGAGAGGGUGAGCUGUCCCCUAGACACAGGGCGCUUCCAGCUCAGCCUGGAGAACCAGCAGAUCAAGGAAUACUUCCACAUCAAGAUCAUCCGCAUGUUGGAGAAAGAGUCUGGUGAGACCCACUUUGUCCGUCACCUGAAGUUUAUCCGUUGGCCUGACCACGGUGUGCCACGGAGUUCAGAGCAGCUGGUCAGAUUUAUCCGCUACCUCCGAGCAGUCCACCAUAAAGGACCUGUCACUGUACACUGUAGUGCUGGGAUAGGACGAACAGGAGUACUGAUCUGCACCGAUGUCAUCCUGAGUCUCAUAGAGAACGAUCUCCCGAUCAACGUUAGUAACAUUGUGAGGGAGAUGAGACUGCAGCGAUAUGGCAUGAUUCAGACUAAGGAACAGUAUCUGUUCUGCUACAAGGUAUGGUUGGAGGUUCUACAUUGCAUCCUGCAGCUGCAUGGUCAGCAUUGGCAACCAGAGAGCCCCCGCGAACUUAAUACGAGCCCUCGCACACACAGUAACCGAUGGCAACCUGAGAGCCCCCAUGAAGAUAAUCAGUUUGUUUGACCAGUUUUCUUUUCCCCCGCCCGUUAGCUGAUUUUGUUAUGAACACUGUAUAUGUAUGCGUUUUAGCCAAUUCCUCUGUUCGUUUUCUGUCAUGCCAAAACAUGACAGAUGGGACGACCAGGCUAUAGUAUGUUUCUGCAUGUUUUUUGAUAUUUGGGUUCUGAAUUUAUUGAUGGAGGUAGACAUUUUCACUGUUGGUUCUUUUGUGGGGGGUUUUGAGAUGGCAGUGACUGAUUAAAAACUUAAUUGAAAUGAGAGAUACUGUGAUUGCAGUAUUGGUUUGAGUUAGAUAAAUUAUUUGACAGCCUUUAGGGGUUUAGUGACUUUGUCUUCUGUGUUAAGUUAGGAGUGUUUUGGUCGUGUGACGUUUAAAGGGUGUUACUAUUUAAAUUGUUCUAUUUAAUCAUUCCACAUUUUAUUUUGAAGUUAAUGUGUAUAUUCUGCAUGUUAUCAAUUAUAACCUAAAACAUUUAAUUGCACCACAGCACGUCACUAAUCAACGAUGUCACUGCUCAUAGCAAUGCACAGCUUGAGGUGUAUUAUACCAAAAUGUAUAUUAGAAUAUCUUUAAAUAUGUAGCUAAUAUAUAGAGUUCAGGAAAUAUUGUGUUUUAAAUAUUGUGAAAUAAGUGCAUGUAAAUCUUGUAUGAGUUUUGUCAAUGACUGAAACCAGAAGUGAAUAGAAUCAAGUGCCUUGGAAAGACUCACCUUCGGAAACCUGAAAGGUUUGAUUGAACAGGAUCCUGAGAACACGUGCCCUGUGUGAUUCUGUAAGGAAUCUCUGUCCGAUACUUUCACCGUUAUCUGUUCAUGUUGUGUUGUCCCACAGCUUGGAUUCACUGUAAGUGAAUUAGUGGUGAAAACAUCUUCAUUUUGCAGUCUGUCUACAACCACUGAACAAGUGCUUCGACGUAUUGAAAUGUAAUGGGCAGUCAAAUGCACAAAAAACGUAUUGGAUUUCUGAAAGCAUUUCUCAUCAUUGUACAGUAACAUCACUAUUGAACAUCACUAUUGUAGCUGCAGUUUCAGUAGCAUGAUAGUAUACCUCACUGUAACAUACACUACCAGUACAGUGUAACCUUGGUCUGGUCACUAUGUAUUACCUCUGACUGUCAUAUAAAGCUGUUCUCAAAUACAUAUUUGUUUCACAUCGUGGCAAGAGACAGGAUCAGGAUUAGAAACAAGAUUUUCUUCAUUUGAUAGGUCAUAGGUAUCGUAUAUGACAAGGACUAUUUACAAACUGACAGAGCAUGGAAAAGAGGGAGAGAAAGGAGAGAUGUCGACAGUCAGGGCUAACUGACAGAACAUGGAAAAGAAAGAACGAGAGAGAAGCUUAACUGUGACUACAUGGAGCCCUUCUCUUGUACAGAGUAAAUUCUCUCUCCGGGUUUACUACAUGAUAAAUAAAUGUGUCUCACGCGGGCUUUUGUGACUGCAUGGA